AUGGCGGCUCAACAUGGCGAAGAUCAAUUCCCUGUCGUCGACUCACACAUCCACCUAUACGCUGCAGCCCAUAUCCCCUCAUUGAGUUGGACAGCAGACCUGGCCCAAGACCAUCCUCUGAACAGGCAAUACUCAACCAACGAAUACCAGGCGGUGACCCAAACCUGUUCCAAUCUUCUGGGCUUUGUCUUUGUCGAAACGGACAGGAAAUCAGGCCUCCAGGAGACAGCAUGGCACGAUGUGUUCGAUGAGGUCGACUUCUUGAUGAGAAUAGCCAGAGGAACUCCACGAGACGGCGAAGGACACCGUCCAGAGGACAGUAGGUUGGUGCUCGGUGUCGUACCGUGGGCACCCGUCCCUGCUGGGGAAACCACCUUGAUACGAUACGUACACCAAGUUCAGCAACAUUGCGGGGACAGAUGGGAUCUCAUCAAGGGAUUUCGAUAUCUGGUCCAAGACAAGCCAGCUGGGGUGAUGCUACAGCCGCAGUUCAUCGAAGGCCUGCAAUGGCUAGGAAGUAACGGAUUCACUUUCGACUUGGGAGUGGAUUGUCGAUCGGGGGGGCUUCAUCAACUACAGGAGGCAUGUGACAUGUUGGAUCGGGUGUACAAUGGCGAUAGCCAUGUCAAAAUCAUCAUUAACCAUUUCUGCAAACCGAAUCUACGUCUGACGGCGUCUGAAGCGGCUAGCGGGCACCAAGACUUCACGAGGUGGAAGGAAUGCAUUGAGAAGAUGGCCUCCCACCCAUCCACGUAUAUGAAGCUGUCUGGCUUGUUCUCCGAGCUCCCCAAACAAGACGAAGCCAACCCGACCGCCAUUUCGACUCUAGUCGAACAGACACGACCAUGGGUCAAUGCUGUCUUCAAAGCAUUCAGCCCGUCCAGAAUCAUGUUCGGCUCCGACUGGCCGGUAUGCAAUGUCGGCGGACCGGACAUCGAAGCCUCUUGGGCACAUUGGUAUAACGUUGUCAGUGCGAUCCUCGACGAUGAAGGCCUUGCAGCGGACCAAAAGUUGGAAGUCUGGUCAGGCACCGCCAUCCAGGCAUAUAACGUUCAGAUCACCUAA